GAAAAUGUAUAUAGACAACAGAGUGAACAUGAGCUGGUCACUGUCUCAGCCUUAGGAAAAAGGACAAGGAUUCCCUUCUAUUAGAAGCUCCGCGUUCACGGGCGGAGUUUCAGUUUGAAGCCUUAGUCGCCAAUCAGAAUACGGAUUCCGGUUGCGGGGCAACAGCUCUCCAGCCGCUGUGUGCAAAAGAAGCUUGCGUCUCCUUGGAGACACGGACUCGCGGUGCACGAAGCUGGCUCGCUUAGAGGCCGCCAUGAGCUCCCGCGGAGGCGAGCAGGGAAGCUGCGGAUCCAUGGACGUCGACGGAGUGCGCAUUACGCCGCCCGAGCUACGUUUCGUGGAUGCGAUGCCAGGCAGUUGUUACAGAGCGCUGCUCAGCGUCCAAAACCUGCAGACACGCAGCUGUUCGCUUCAUUUACUACCUCCGGAACGGCCUCAGUUUAAACUAAUUGUGGAAAAUCCAAAGAAACCUGUUGCUUCUGGCCUUUACAUAACAGCCACUGUGGAAUAUCAUCCGGACAGUGAGGAAGACCUUCAUGAUAGGCUCCUCCUUCAUGUAGAAAAAAAAGUAAUUGAAAUUCCUCUGAUUGGAUUACGUCCAUGUUGUUUCUUAGAAAUUGAACCUGAGAUAAAUUUUGGAACAGUGAUUGCGAACAGUAAAAUAAUACAUGCAGUAACUAAAAUUACAAACUAUGGAUCAUCCCCAGGUACAUUUGACAUAAAAUACAGAGGAAAUGUUCCUAUUAUUAUUGCACCAAUCAGUGGCGUGAUAGAACCAAAAACAAUGAAAUUGAUUAAAGUGGAGAUAUGUACCGAUGUACCAAAAAUAAUUAAUCAACUAGCCACUGUGGAGUUGCAGGGAGGACCCACUGCUGAGAUAAAAAUCAAAGCCAAUAUUGUGGAACAAGUUCUUGAGGUUUUAGGUGUGCCUCACUCAAAUACUAUUCAGUGUGUUAAUUUUGGAUGUGUCUACUUUGGAACUUCCAAGAUGGAAGAAGUUAUUCUUCACAAUAAAAGUCCAGAGCCUGUGGAUUGGGUGGCAGUCUUGAUGGAUAAUGCUGUUGGUGGAGAGAUGGGCACAGAUAUUCAGCAGAGUUCAAAUGCUGCUUUGAAAGAUUAUCCUGAAAAUCAAGGAACAGAUGUUUCAACUUUGAUUACUUGCAUUCCUAAUGAAGGAACACUGCAACCUUAUCAGAAGACUGUGGUUUUUCUUUCUUUUAGUCCAAAGUAA